CCCCGCCGGAAAGCCUGGCGCAGGCUCCCAGUGACGCCUCGUCGGCCAUCUCAGGCAAGGGCAGCUCUCGGGGGCUAGCGAGGCUAAGCCAAGCUGGAAGCCGCCAUCUUUGAUCAGAGGACGCUGGGGGCGGCCAUCUUGGAUAAGGGCAAGGCGGGGAGCAGCCAUGUUGAAGCUGCAGGUGAUGCUUACUAAGGAAGCCGCCAUCUUGGAUGAGGGCAAGGCAGGGGCCAGCCACGUUGAAGCUGCAGGCAAUGCGUGCUAAGGAAGCCGCCAUCUUGGAUGAGGGCAAGGCAUGGGGCAGCCAUGUUGAAGCUGCAGGCGAUGCUUGUGUGCAACAAGAGCCUUGUGUAAGAGCAACCACAGUGAAUGAGUGCCAUUCCCCCCAACAGCGCUUUGGGCAUUGGCGGGUACAGGCCCCAUCUGUGCUGUGGGGACGUCGCCCCCGCCGCCCCUGGCAUCGCGUGGUGUGGGGCGAACCCAGACAAAAUGCCAAGAAGCCUCUCGCUGAUGGAGAAAGUGCAGAUCAUCCGCGAGUGCCAGCGGCCGGGGGCCACUCAGAGCCAAGUGGCCGCCAAGUGGGAGUUGCACCGGUCGGUCGUGUGCCGGAUCUGGCAGCAGAAGGAAAAGCUGUUGGCUGACUACGAAGCUGGCCAGUCGAACGGCUGCCGUAAGCGCGGGCGGGAAGGAAAAGCCCCUGCUGUCGACCGGGCUCUCUUUACGUGGCUCAAGGAGAAGAGGGCGCAGGGGGCGAUGCUGGCUGGACCCGCAGUCAAGGAAAAAGCCCGUCAGCUCGCCGCUUCCCUUGGACUGAAUGAUUUUAAGGCAAGCGACGGUUGGUUUACCAGAUGGAAGAAACGCUUCAAUGUUGCUUGCGAAAAAGAGCAGGGUGGAAAACAGUCAGCGGACAAACCCACCGCUGAGCAGUGGCAGUGCGAAAAACUUCCGCGUCUCCUUGAAAAGUUUUCUCUGGCUGACAUCUACAAUGCUGAUGAAACAGGGCUUUAUCUGAAAGGGCUCUGUGACAGAGGACUUGGAGAAAAAAAUGAAAAGCAAGAAGGAGGGAAAGCUUCAAAGGACAGGGUAACAGUGCUCGUCUGUGCCAACAUGGAUGGGAGUGACAAACGCCCGCUGGUCAUGAUCGGGACGUCAAAACGACCCCGAUGCUUUCCGGUGGAUUUCAGGAAACUUCCCCUCAAUUAUGUCAGUUCAGCGAAUGCCUGGAUGACAGGUGAGAUUUUCAUCAAGUGGUUGAAAAAGUGGGAUCGUCAGCUUUGCUGGCAGAGCCGUCAGAUAUGCCUCUUCCUGGCUAACUGCUCCGUACAUCCGCAAGGAGUGGUUCUCACUAACAUUCAGCUCGAAUUCUUACCCCCUAACGCUACGUCUUCGAUGCAGCCUAUGGCUCAAGGUGUCAUUGAGAACAUGAAGGGACAUUACCGAUCAAAAAUCGCAAGCCGGAUUAAUGUUGCUCUCGAUGUGGACCCCAGCGCCGAUGUUCAGACAGUCCUGAAAACUGUGAACUUGCUAGAUUGCGUUCAUCUUGUUGCUGAGGCCUGGCAAGAUGUAAAGCCGACAACAAUUUCCAACUGUUUCCGGAAAGGCAAAUUUGUUGUGGCAGAGGAAGGUGGGCGAGACGAGGAUAUUGCAGAGUUUGACGACCCCCUGAACGAUGUUCCACUUCCAGGCAACAUGGAAAAAGAGGACUUAGUAACUGCUGUGGCUGUGGACGAAGAUUUGCUGACGUUCGGAGAGCUAACCCACGAGGAAUUACUGCGCACUGCAGCUGCUGCAAGGCCGGAGAAACGCGCUUGUGUGGAUGAAACGUAUCAUAAUGCAGAGGAUACUCAGGAGAGCGAGGAUGAUUUUGAUGAAGUUCCAUCCCCGACAAACUCCGAGCUGUUGAAGGCUUUGAACACACUUCGGCACUUUUCGCAGCUAGAGGGACUUGGGGACAGGGUCUACCGGUCGCUUUGGGACAUUGAAUCCCACCUUCAGAACAAAAUUGUGACUGAGAAGAAGCAGAGCAAAUUAACAGAGUUCUUUCACCCCAAAUGAGUGAGUUUCUCCAUGCUUAGUGUACAGGUUGAUACUCACUGUAGAAAUAAAAUACACUGAUGUGGAACAGUUCUUUAAUUUAGGUUACUGCCGUAUUGUUAGCUUAGCAGAUGCCCUUAUCCAGGGUGAUCUACAGUGCGUACAAAGUAUUACAGUAAAUGUUGGUACAAAAAAUGUUCACAAGAAGUUUUGUUUGUUGUCAUGGUUGAUGUUUGAUUGU